AUGCGCAAAUUCGUCAAGUUCCUCGGCGGCGACAAGCACUCCGCAUCCUACCACAGCAUCUGGGCCGUGCCAGCCCCCGAGUCCGGAUCGAGGGCGGUCGUCACAAACACGAAGAAAGAGGCUCGCGAGACUUUAUCCAGCAAGAAGCCCCAGUCAACGCUGCACAUCUCGAAACUGAACCAGCCGGCUGUUGCGGAGCUCAGCAGCCCUACGGAGUCGACAACACCUAAGGAAGCCGACUCAAUCGCGGAGCUCUCGGCCACAGACUCGCAGGUUUCGGAGCUGGAUGGAUCGAGGCCGACCACAGAUGCGGUGCAUACCGCCAUGCCAAAGGAGGAAGAAAGAGCAACCGCGAGCUCUACGCCCAAACCUACGGCUGGCCCCGAUGCAGACCUCCUUAUAUUUUCGGAUGGGACGGAGGGCAUCCCGGUGUUUGGACGGCAGUUUGGUAUAGCCCCGACGUCGAUAAUUCGCGAGCAGAAGACGAAACAGCCAGAACCGGAGCCGGAGCCUGAGCCUGAACCUGAACAGCAAGGCGAGCCAGCUGCAAGCCCCAAAAGCCCCGAGGACUUCUUCCAGCAGGUCGACGAGGAACUUGAAGCACUCUACACGGACUAUCUUAAGUCGUCCGGCAAGCAGCGAGCGCCCGCCGAACCAAAGAAGAAAGUGAAGAAGGUGAAGAAGAUGAAGACACCGAAGAACGAACCAGAGGCAUGCAUCAUCUGCCUCGAACCGUUUUCAGCUACUGGUGUCAAGGCGCCAGAGAAACUAUCCAUCGCUUGCCAGCAUACGCCGUCGGUUUGCUACAUCUGUUUGUCGAAGAGCAUCAAGCACGACUUGGAGACCAAAUUCUGGGACGAGAUCAAGUGUCCCGAGUGCAAGGCACCGUUUAUCCAUGAGGAUAUCAAGCGGUUCGCUGACCAGGACACGUUCAUUCGAUACGACAGACUCUCCUUCCGACACGCGGUCAAUGCCGACAAGAACUUCAUCUGGUGUCUCGAGUGCGACUUUGGGCAGCUCCACGAACCAGGCGCCGAGCAGCCGGUCGUGCAAUGUUACAACUGUACCGCCGAAUCGUGCUUCAAGCAUGCCAUCAAAUGGCACGACGGGUUUACCUGCGACGAGUACGAUGCACUGCUCUGGGACCCGGAUAGCUACAAAUCCAUCAAAGCGAAGAACGAGGGAACAACCACGCAUGUUAGACCGCUGAGGAAGAUAACUAGGUACCGCCUGAAGAACGAGGAGCAGUCACGACAGAGCAACCUCCACGAGGCACAGAAGAAGGCCGCGCGGAAGAGACAGGAGGAGGAGGCUGCGCGGGUGCGCGAGGUGAAGAAGCUCCAGGCUCAAGCGGAAGCCGAGGCAGCACGAUUGCAGGAGCAGGAGAGGUCGGAAGAGGAGAGCUACGAAGAGGAGGUGAAAGACGAUUUUAAGGAGAAAAUCGAGAUGCUGAAGCGGAGGAUGCGCGAGGUCGAGCUGUCCGUGAAAACGGUGGAGAACACGACGAAGCGUUGUCCCGGAUGCGAGUGGCCGAUUGAGAAGAAUGCUGGGUGCGACCAUAUGACCUGUUAG